AUGCAAGCGGAAGCCAAAAUCAUCAAAUGCGCCGGAACACCGUAUGAGAUUGGCUUUGCCCAUGGAUCCGGUGCGUCGGCUGAGAUUCAUGACAACAUUGUUAUUUACGACGGGUUCUUCCAAGACAGGGCCAAGAUAAACUGGGAAGAAGCCCGCCGACGGGCAUCGGCUUACAUCCCGCUCUUGUCAGCCAAGUAUCCGGAUAUCCUUGAAGAAAUGAGAGGAGUAGCAGACGGAGCUGGCAAAGGUCUCACAAUGGAAGACAUUCUUACUCUGAAUGCAAGAAGCGAGCUCGGACUCACCAACGUCGCAGACGGAUGCACCUGUCUCGGCCAGCAAGGGCCGGAAGGACACAUCUUUCUCGCGCAGAACUGGGACUGGCUGGAAGUCAAUCUCGUUGUUCUGCACAUUACCCCAAGCAAAUCGCCUUUGCAGAUGCAAUUCAUGUCAGAAGCCGGCCUCGUGGGCAAAAUCGGGCUCAAUUCCGCCGGCGUGGGGACGCUGCUGAAUGGCAUCCUCGCCAGCGCGCAAGACAGGGACAAGUUUCCGAUUCACAUUCUGCUGCGGCGUGUCCUGCAGUUCGCAUCCUCCUUUGACGAAGCCUUUGCCAUUAUGGAGGAGUACGGGCUCGCAAGCACCUGCAAUAUCGUCAUCGCCGACGCAAAAGGCAAGGCCGGAAGCAUCGAGUGCUCUCCACACGGUAAUACUGUAAUUCCACUGCGUGGGGAGACCUUUCCCUAUGUCGGACACACGAACCAUCUAUACUCGGCUGAUCGGCCGGUCAUGGCAAAGGAUCACCCGGAAGACAACUCCUUCACCAGACUGGCCCGGUUGGAGGAGCUGACAAGGCAGGACAACGAGCGUGGCAUACCACCCAGCUUUGACAGCAUACGAACGAGGCUGUGUGAUCAGCAAGGUGCACCACGAGAUUGA